AUGGCUGGAGUUCUCUCUCGCCUUGCAACUACCCUGGUAAUAUUAUUGGUGCAUUUGCAGGUUGCGUUUGGAGUCGAAGACGUUCGUGACCUUAUACAGUUUGCACUUGAUAAAAGACGGGAGAUUUAUGUUCCUGCUAACGCCAAGGGUGAUGUUCUCUCUGGUCUGCAGGUCGCCGAGACUGCCUGUGGUAUUACCACUCUCAGAUCACCGGUGAGGCCUGGAAGAUUCCAAGGACAUGGAGACCAGGAGCUACAAGGAACCCCUGGGGAGUUGUCGCUGCCAUCUUCCCUGUCGAUCCCCGCCAUGAUUCCUCCCCGGUGUACUACCAUUGCUAUCAUCACCGACAACACUGAUGGUAACCUCGAGCGUGACCCAGAAGCAACCACGAUACUCAUCCAGUUGGCCAAGGAAGCCGGCGUCCCUCCCAGUGUUAUUAAUAACAUCCACGGAUAA